AUGAAUCUAAGAGCCAAAUGGGAGCAAAUGUCCAACAACACCUCCUUCAAUGAGUUCCUCCUCCUGGCAUUUGCAGACACACAGGAGCUGCAGCUCUUGCACUUCGCGCUCUUCCUGGGCAUCUACCUGGCUGCCCUCCUGGGCAACGGCCUCAUCAUCACAGCCGUAGCCUGCGACCACCACCUCCACACCCCCAUGUACUUCUUCCUCCUCAACCUCUCCCUCCUCGACCUUGGCUCCAUCUCUGUCACUGUCCCCAAAUCCAUGGCCAAUUCCCUGUGGGACACCAGGGCCAUUUCCUACUCAGGAUGUGCUGCCCAGCUCUUCCUGGUUGUCUUCUCGUUAGGAGGAGAGUAUUCUCUUCUCAUAGUCAUGGCCUAUGACCGCUUUGUUGCUAUCUGCAGACCGCUGCACUAUGGGACCAUCAUGGGCAGUAGAGCUUGUGUCAAAAUGGCAGCAGCUGCCUGGGCCAGUGGGUUUAUCAAUGCUCUCCUGCAGACUGCUAACACAUUUUCGAUACCACUCUGCCAAGGCAAUGCUGUAGAGCAAUUCUUCUGUGAGAUUCCUCAGAUCCUCAAGCUCUCCUGCUCAGACUCCUACCUCAGGGAACUUGGGAUUACUGUGGUUAGUGCCUGUUUAGCCUUUGGGUGUUUCAUUUUCAUUGUGGUGUCCUACGUGCAGAUCUUCACUGCUGUGCUGAGGAUCCCCUCUGAGCAGGGCCGGCACAAAGCCUUUUCCAUGUGCCUCCCGCACCUGGCCGUGGUCUCCCUGUUUCUCAGCACCUCAUUUUUUGCCUACCUGAAGGCCCCCUCCUUCUCCUCCCCAGCUCUGGAUCUGGUGGUGGCUGUUCUGUACUCGGUGGUGCCUCCAGCAGUGAACCCCCUCAUCUACAGCAUGAGGAACAAGGAGCUCAAGGAGGAUCAGACACUCCACCACCUCGUGGCCACUGCAGGCAAGGCUGACACUGAUUAUCAUCACAUCCCUGGUCAGUUCUUCCUUGUUUUCAGGUUCCAGGUCCAGGAAAGUGUCAUCCUUGGUGACAUAUCUGGCUUGGCUGUGCUGGGAAGUUGUCCUCCACACCCUCCAGAAUCCUCCUGGACUCUGCACCCUGAUGCAUUGCCCUCCCAAUGA